AUGGGCUCGCAUGGACAUUUGCCUUUUGGCUGUACGAACGGUAGCGCGAUUUCUUAUUCCCAGCACAGGCUAAUCGGCGCAGAUGACCCCAACGGCGUCCAGGGCAUAGGCUUGCCUUCUGGGUUCAUACCACCCGGACAACCGCUGCUGAGCGAACAAGAGAACGAUCAGAUGCAGGAGUUCUUCUCUGCUUUCGACGGCGACGGUCAAGCGCGUGCUCGCCAGCCUAUGCCUGGACAUUUUCAAGAGAACAUGGCUCAUUUGCAGCAGCUACAAAUGCCUCAGCAGUAUGUCGGGCACGAAUCAUACGUGAGGUCGCCACAGGCUAUGGACUGGCAUGCCCAGGCUAUGAGAAACUUCACGUUCAACCAACAGAUGCUUCCUAUGUCCACUAUGCAUACACCCACUUCGCCCUACACGAAUGGUCAGCAUAUUUAUCCGCACACACAUCAAACCAUGCCAGGUUUCACGGCUGAUUGGCAACAGCAAUUUCCACACCAUGCACCCCAGGCAACAAGAGCGGGUAUGCAUUUCGGUUCUGACCCAAGCUUUAUCAGUCAAGGACCUUUUGUCGCUCCUGACGGUGCUACAGAGCCCGAGAUGUCCUUCAUUGAUUCGGCGGUGUAUCGAGUCAACUCGGCUUCCAAUACAAAUCCAAACUCGCGAGCAGCAAGUAAUCCUGGCAGCAACGCCAACACAGAGCCUUCAAGUCCCGUUGCGACAAAGAAACGGAAGCUGAACAACGUCUUCAACUCUGAUGCGCUAAGAAUGACCUCAAUGAGUGUUCCUGCUUCGACUGGGUAUGCGACGAAAGCCUCACCACCAGCUUCGCAUUCUCGUCGCAAAUCACGACAAUCAUUUGUAAAGCACGAACAACCACCAACUCCUCUCUCCAAGACACCCACUGUGCAUGAAGAUGAAGUACAGGAGGAAGACGCAGAAUACGACGAGGACGAAGACGAGCAGGAGCAGAAACAAUCGGCGUCACCACCAGCACCUUGGCCAUCGUCCAAAGCACGACCAUUACACAAGCCUGCACUUCCAUCCAAACCAACGAAAUCACGAAAGAAGUCGGCUUCAGCUGCCAGCCCUGCCAAGCCAUCCAAGCCUAGGAGGCAAUCCUCGUCCGUGACUGCCGCAUCACGUACUCCUCUUACAGCCGAGCAGAAAAAAGCAAAUCAUACCAACUCUGAACAAAGACGGCGGGAUGCUACAGCCAAGGCAUACGCUGAAUUGUAUGAUCUUGUACCAGAGCUGGAUGAAAUGGGCAAACAGAGCACAAUGAAGAAGCUCGAAGUUGUGGUUGAAAAGGUUCGUACUGUCAAGCAACAGCUCGAGUUUCUGCGGGAGAUGACUGGUCGUGAUCCAAUUACAGGACGACUCAAUGCAGGUCAGAUUGCUGCGAAUCCUUAUGCAGGCGGUACCACGCAUCUGAGUGGCUGGUCAUAG